GCGCGUCCGAGCUGCCUCACUGAAAUGCUGGUAGAAACAUUUCUCUACCAAGCAUAGCAACGGCGUACGCCAUUUUGUAUUUUGUUAAAAAUCCUGCUACACCACCCUAGAGGGAAGAGUGGGUUUGUCUAUCUAUUUCUGCUUGUCGAGAGCGGAUUUUCCUCCUAAAUGUGUUUUGCAAGAUAAUUUCACCUCUGCGCUUGAGCGCGACAUAUUAGCCAUGGCUGCCAUGGUCCAGCAAACACCAGCGCGCCCUGUGCCUGGUGUAUGGCCUCAAACGCCUGCUGCAAGACCAGCAGCCCCUCCUCCUUCUUUCCAGUCGCCUGGAACACCUUUCUCCCGACCUCCUUUCACACCCAAUGCCUCUUCAUUAGCCGUCACAACCACGAGUACCUCCGGACCUCCAGCUCAAAGCUCAAUACGGCCACCAGAGUCCCUAGAACCACUGGAGAGGGCGGCACGAACCAUCAACGAGGCAUUGUCAAACGAGUCGCGGUUUCCCGACGUUGAUAGCUACCUGUCACAAGGGCAUUCUGCUGAAUAUGACAUACAAGCCUCAACAACAUGGGCGCCUUUCCAAAAGGCGGGCGUCUACAAGAUCCCGGACGAAAUCUUUGAACAAUACAAUAAUGCGCAAUUGUCUACCAGCAUGGGUCUAUUUGCAGAGUUGAGGCACGCGUGGGCGACGAUCGACAAUGCGUUAUACAUGUGGGAUUACACUGCUGCGAAGCCCGAGCUGUUAGGCUUCGAGGGACAACCACACAGCAUCUUGGCUGUCAAGCUUGCGGUACCUCGCCCUGGGGUUUUCCUGCCCAACAUCACGCGCGUCAUCGUCAUUGCAACGACUAUGGACGUCUUCCUUUUAGGCCUGGGAACCGAUCCCAGCCAAGGGGCACCUGGAGGGCUGUCACUCUUUCAGACCGGCAUGUCGACUUCGAUCAGGGGACUUGAUGUCAGUGUCAUUGCAAGCUCGAGCAAGACGGGAAGGAUCUUCUUUGGCGGACGGACGGAGAACGAAAUCUACGAAUUGACGUAUCAACAAGAAGACCGAUGGUUCUCAAGCCGCUGCGCUAAGAUCUGCCAUACAGCUGGUACCGCAAAAUCACUAACAUGGGCUUAUAACAGCUUCACUGGAGGAUCUAAAGAGUAUGUGGAGCAGAUGGUGAUUGAUGAUACUCGAGAUCUGCUGUAUACCCUGUCUUCUGCAUCCAAUAUCCGGGUGUUCCACAUGAAGUCUGACGGAAAGUUGACGCUUCAUGCGAGAAAAUCUGCGCAUGAAACUUAUGUUAACAUCGGCCAUAUGAUGGGCACCAACGAGGCUCUCAACGAACGCGUCAAAAUCGUGGCCAUAUCAGCUUUACCAUCCUCAGAAGCCAUGAGAUUUCACCUUGUGGCUACCACGGCCACAGGCUACCGAAUAUACUUUACUGCGACGAAUGCCAACAGUUGGUCGAAUGCGCCUUCUGGUCUUCAGAUGACCAUGCAGGCCCAAUUUGUGAAAGUCCCACCUAUGAUCGCGGGGCCAGAACAGCCGUACAGUGCGCAACAACCUAUCAAAACUCUCACAUUGACCAGACUGGCUGCUAGGUACUCACCUGGAUAUUUCUUCUGUUUUACUGUGAGAGAUUCCAACUCUCCCACAGAUCAGCUGUUUGUCUCGGCGCCGGACGCUGGCAAGUUGUUGAGACCUCCUGAGGCGGGUCAGCCCAGUCGAAUAGCGGAAUCCGCUGUCUGGCUCUCGCUGGGUAGCCGAGCAGAAGAUAUAGGCAUGGUCGUCCCCUACUCCGCCCCACUGCAAACUCCUGUCGGCUACGGCAACGACUUAGCAGUACAAUUUGACAAGCCGACCCCAGAAGUUGCCAUCUUGACGAAUACGGGCAUACACAUCAUCAGACGGAGGCGACUGGUUGACAUUUUUGCGGGACUCAGCAGGCAAGGGGGUGGAUCUGAAGGCUUCCAGAAUGAGGUCAACAACCUUAUUCGAGCAUAUGGCAGAACGGAAACUCUUGCAACCGCUCUCGCGGUGGCCUGCGGUCAAGGCGUCGAGGUCACCAAAGACACAUAUACGGCAAGGGUUAAUGACCCUGAAGUCCUCGAACUAGCAAGGAAGGCCUUCAUCGAAUAUGGUGGCAAACCCAGCAUCAAUCAGAACUCGAUCACGGACCGUUCUGUAUCUCUCAUUGAUGCUGUCCGCCCCUCUCCUCGACAUGCUGCAAUCGCUCUGUAUCUUUCGCGAUUGUUGAGGUCAGCCUGGAAAAGUGUGAUAGCAUACGAGAUGACAACUCCUGCAGGCUAUCAGAUCAAUCCUGCUGUCCCCAUUAACAAGCUGAGGGACGUGCAAGAAGCACUCUCCAACCUCCAACGAUUUUUCAAGACAAACAAGAGCUUCAUCAAAGGGCUCAGUGGCCCUGAUGACUUGUCGAGCACGAGUACCAAAGACGAUGAGAUUGCAUUGAAAGGAGAACAUCGUGCUCUUCAUUCAUUGGUGAAGUUCACGUCAGACACCAUUGAGGGCCUCUCGUUCAUCCUUGUACUCUUCGAUGAGAAAGUCGCUGAACUUAUCCCACUGCUUCCAGAAGCCUCCAGACCUCAGAUGCUCAGGUUGACAUUCGAAGAGCUCUUCACCACGAGGAAGGGUUAUGAUCUUGCCAAGGAACUCGUCAAGGCGAUUGUUAACCGCAAUAUCGCCAAAGGGUCCAACGUGGAGACCAUUGCCGAGGCUCUGAGAAGGAAGUGCGGCAGCUUCUGCAGCUCGGAUGACGUGGUCAUUUUCAAGGCACAAGAGCAACUCAAGAGGGCUGCUGAGGCUGAAGGCAACGCCGAGUUAUCGAGAAAUCUUCUCAACGAAAGCUUGAAGCUGUUUGAACAAGUGGCCCACAGCCUCCCGAUGGACUAUCUGCAGUCGGCCGUUCAGCAGUAUACCACUCUUCAAUUCUUCGCCGGAGCCAUUCAAUUGGCGCUAAAGGUUGCCCAUGAAAAGGACAAGGCUAACGAAGCAUUGUCUUGGAUGACUGAUGGUCGACCAGAAGCCGACGGUCGGAAAGCAAAAUUCGAUCUCAGGACACAGUGCUACGACCUCAUUCAUUAUGUUGUUGCUGCUGUGGACAGAAGUUCCGAGCAGAAUCCUAGCUUCGUUGAUGGGAGAGCAACAUUAGUCGGCACGAGAAGAACUGAAGCUUAUGACGUGAUCAGCAGGUCCAAAGACGAAGCCUUUUUGACGAAUUUGUAUGAUUGGUACAUCGCGCAAGGCUGGUAUGAUCGACUACUGGCAACAGAGUCACCUUUCAUCGCGACCUAUCUUCAACGAAAAUCGUCUGAAGAUAUCACUUAUGCUGAUCUGUUAUGGAAGUACUAUGGGCAGACAGGUCAAUUUUCAGAAGCAGCCAGAAUCCAGCUGCAGCUUGCCAGAAGCCCGUUCGCUCUUUCACUCGAAAAGAGAAUCGAAUAUCUAAGCAGAGCCAAGGCAAAUGCUUCGACUUACACGCCGGGUAGCAACCGGAAAGUGAAGCAACAGCUUUUGUUGGAGAUCUCGGAACUCCUGGACAUCGCCAUAAUUCAGGAUGAGGUUCUUCAGCGACUGGUUAAUGAUCCGCGGCUGACAGGAGAUCGAAAGAAAGAGGUCCUGGAUCGCGUGAACGGAGUCAUCCUUGAUAUCACCAUGCUCUUUAACGAUUUUGCCGAUAAUGCCGGUUAUUAUGAUCUGUGCCUGUUGAUUUACCAAGUCGCUGACCACCGCGAUGCAUCUCAAAUCAAACAAACCUGGCAACAACUGUUGCAGUCUGUGCAUGACAAGACAACAACAGAAGAACAGAUACAACCUUUCGAAGCCAUCGCCGAGCAAGUCAGAAGCCUUGGUAGCAAGCUUCGAGUGUCAGAAACAACCUUUCCUGUGCAAGCCUUGUUACCCAUUCUCGAGAAGUACUCCUUCGAACAACAGAAGACGGUGGCUCCGCCUCACUGGGUCGUCGACAUCUUCAUUGAGCUCGAGGUGCCAUAUGAGCGACUGUUCGAGGUGCUUGAAACCAUGUUCUUUUCUGGCGAUCCUCCAUUCAUGGGUGCUAACAGGAAGUACAUCGCCUCAGAGUUGGUAUAUGUUGUGGGCAAGUGGUUCCAUGACUCGAUGAGAGCUGGGACGGUCAUCUUCGGCAGCGAAGCCGGUGCUGCUCGUGUCGAGGAGACACUCCAGGUUCUUCUACAGCAAGGAAAGGCGGCCGGUCUGGAUGAGGAGACUACCCGUGUUUGUCGAGCUGUGGUCGAACAGGUCAGCCAAUUGUUGGCCUGAGUUGCUUGCACGCGGGAGAUCACGACAAUCAUAUCGCCACAGGCUUCGCGUACAUUGACCGAGAUGAUGAAUUUGUAUCACUAUUCAACAGCGGGAUGAGUUCUGAUUGUGCAUGAGUAGGAGGGAUUUUGGAAAAUCAGAACCGCAACCUCCUUUUGCACUUAAGAUAGCUAAAUAGUGCCAAAUGCCCGUGUAGAAGUCGAAAUGAAGUAAAAGGAAGACAUAAGCCGUCACA